AUGCAGCCACAUCAUACUAAUGUGACCUGGGAUUAUGUUAACUUAACAUUACUUCUCGUUAGCUGUAAUUUGUUUGAAGUCCAAUUUAUGUCACAAGUAAACAUGGAACAGCUUAAAAAUAUUUACAAUACCAGAGGCUAUUCUAAAUAUACCACAAAUAUAGAUAUACAAAAUUGCGUUUAUCGAAAUAUCUAUGCAGCAAAAUUAACUGAAAUUGGUUAUCUAAUUGGUUAG